UCUUCACCAAAACCUCCAGUACUAUGAUCUGAUCCCCAACCGAUCUUUGAAAGAAAUCUUUCUUCAUGAAGAAUGGCAGCAGCGUUCACAAAAAGAAGAAUUGCUUCAAUAAGAGAAUACAACGAAAACCCCAUAUUUAAACUAACCAGUUUUAAAUGUGUAUAAUUUAAAUAAAUGGGGUCUAUUAACAAAGAUUACAAAUUAACAUCUGAUUUUACGAUUUUUAUAGUAUAAAAUAUACAAAAAAUACACUUUACAGUAAAUCCACAUCUUCUUUACCCAACUUGUUUUUCUGUCACUUGUUUCUGAUUACUUUUUUAACAACCUAUAGUCGUCUUCUACGCACGUCAACACCAAUUACUUUACAUACAAAUCAACGAAAACUCCUGAAACAUGAACACCGUGUAAAACUGUAAAGCAUUAUAUAAAUUGGCACUACUGCUGUCACGUGACGAGUUUACGUCGAAACCAUGACGCAACUUUUCAGCAAUUUGUAAAGAAAUCACAACACCUUAAUUAAAACAAACUUAAUGACAACAAAAAUGUGUUGAUUGUAAUAAAACUAAACACAAACAUAAAUGAGCGAUAUUUGUUUGAUUUGUGAAGAUUUAAACCCAUGCAAGGUGGGUAAUAAUUUCUAUGGUAACGUUAGAAACCAGCUGAGAUCCAGCUGGACAUUUCAUUCGACUUUCGAUAAAUUUCGUGACGUUUUGAAGCAUAUUAACACGAUAUUAAAUGGAUUUGGAAAAAGUUACCGCUGAAGAAAAGUUAAAGCUAUGUAAAAUUUAUUAUAUAGGCGGAUUUUUCGCCCUACCAUUUCUUUGGUUUGUCAACGCGAUCUGGUUUUCGAGAGAAGCAUUUUUCAAGCCCGCUUUUGAACAGCAACAGCAAAUACGGACCUACGUGAUUCGAUCGGGAAUUGGAUCUCUGGUUUGGAUAGCUGCACUUUUAGCUUGGAACAUUGUGUUUCAACUAAACCGUGCCGCAUGGGGUGCAACUGGAGAUUAUAUUUCGUUUAUUAUUCCAACUGGUAUACCUUGAAAAACUGCGAUAAAGUGCAAAAAUAGCUUUAAACUACAAUAUAGCAUGUGUUUAAUUUGCCAUGUAUUAAAACAGUUAUCAUGUACCACUAAUGUAUUAUUUGUGUCGUGUUUUCAAAAAUAUUAUUCAAACAUGUCAACAUAUAAAAACAUGUGUUUCUGUGCUUAAUGUAAUUCAAUUUGAUAUAUCAUUGAACUCUUAAAUUUAAUACUGUAGCAUACACAUAUACGCGAUAAUCUUGCUAAAAAUUCACAACUGUUGCUAUUAACCUAUUUUAUUUUUCAUUGCCAUUAAUAUGUUAGAAGAUAGAAUGCCUGUUUUAAGCCUAUAAAACACAAUAUGUUAUAUUGUGUAUGGAGUGCAACAAAUAUUAUGGCAUGCGUAAUAUUGGAUCAUUAUUUUAAUAAACCAAACAUAAUAAGUGCAAUUUAAAGCGUUUUAAGUAGGCUAUUGAAUUAAAACCACCUGUUUAUAUAGAUCGUUUACAACUUUUUUUUCUUUUCAAUGACUGUAUUUUAAGAUUUGUUCAUUUUUUCAGGUUGGUUUAAGUUUUCCUAAACAUUGUUUAAACCUAAAUGUGAGCAUGGGAGCGGUGGACAACAUAGAAAACAAUAUUCGUACAUCAUUGAAGACCAAACGUGUUCGUGUGUCUGAGUUUUUCAAAGAUUUUGAUCGGCUUAGAUCUGGGUCCAUUACAGCUUCUCAGUUCAAGAGAUGUCUUGAUCAAUUUCUUGGCUUGAAGCUCUCAGCUAAGGAAAUAGAUGAGAUAGCCGACAAAUACUGCUUGAAAGAUGGAAUGGUAAAUUACCGGGCUUUUUCUGAUGUUAUUGAUCAGAACUUCCACCCAGAGAAGUUAGAAGCUGAUCCAGAGUCUCAGACUGUCCCAACUUUGGAGUACCUUGGCACUGAGAGGUCCCAUGUUCAACUUGGUCCUGAGCUUGUAAAGGAAGUUGACUCUAUUUUGUUAAAGAUACAAAACUACUACACCUAUCAUGGCGUCAAUAUUCGAACAUGCUAUGAGGAUUUUGAUCGCCAUCACAAUGGCUUGGUCACGAUGUCACAAUUCGCAAGACGCUUCCCUGGACCACCUGAUGUGACGGAGAAUGAGAUUAAGCUUCUAGCCCAGCAUUACCAAGACCCCUCUAAACCAGGGAUGACAAAUUACCUAAAUUUCCACCAUGAUGUAGAACACAUUAAAAAUGUGGCAGCCAUCGAUAAAGUGGUGUUGGCAACCACAGUAUCAGAGCACCCAUCUGCUGUUGUCUAUGACGAUUCCUCUAUUGAAGCAAACCCAGAUUUGAAGAAAAUUUUUGAUCAAAUUCGAGUGGCUAUUUAUAAAAACGGGAUUCGAACCACUGAGUUUUUCAAAGACCAUGACAAGUUAAGAAGUGGAGUCAUAACUGAGAAUCAAUUCAUCUGUGGUUUAUCUCUUGGUUGUGGCAAAGAAGCUCAUCUUACAAAGAAGGAAAUCGCAAAGUUGGCUGAGCACUACAAGACUCUUGAUGGUAGGGUACAAUACAAAGCAUUCUGUGACAUCAUGGAGAAUGCGUUCAAUGUUCCUGGCUUGGAAAAGAAACCGACCAUUCACCCAGUUUCACCACCAUCUGGGGCUCUAACGAGAUCGCUUGCUCAGCUUUCAUCUGAAGAAGAACAACAUUUGGUUGAAGUCUUAUCUAAUCUUGGUGAAGUUGUGAGGAAAAGGCGUCUUCUACUUUAUCCGUACUUCAAGGAUUAUGAUCGUGGUGUGGCUUACACUAGGAAUGUUACCAAGUCACAAUUCGCAAGAAUCCUGCACUUUCUAAGUCUAGAUGUAAGUGAAGAAGACUUGAAGCUUUUGUGCAGAAAGUUUGAAGAACCAACUAGUCAGGAUGUGAACUAUCCUGCUUUUUGCCAAGCUAUUGAUCAGGAGUUUAACCAUUAUACAGUGGAUGCCUCGAAACCGAUACCAGGUACUGAGUAUGUACCACCACCACCUGCGGCAGUGAUCGAUACAAGUCAUAUCAACAUGAAUGAGCUUAUACAGAGAAUACAACAUCAUGUUUUAGUUAACAGGAUCAGAGUUGGAGAAUUCUUUGAGGAUUUUGAUCCACUGAGAAGCGGUUCUAUUUCGAGAUCAAUAUUUACACGUGGAUUGAAUUCAAUGGGUGUUGAAUGGCUUGAUAAGGUGCAUGUGUUCGCUCUGCUGGAGAUGUACUCUGAUCCAAAGAAAACAGAUUGUGUGCUGUGGACCAACUUCCUCACAGACAUUGAAUCUGUGUUCACGCAACGAGGUUUGGAGAAAGAUCCAACUAAAAAAGUUGCUCCUCUUGAGUCUUUCAUCUUGCCCAAAGAAGGAGCUAAUUUACAGUGGAGUAUGGCUUCAGAGAAUGACUUCAAAGCAUUUGAAGAAGCAAUGGGAAGAAUGAGAAGCAGAGCAAUACAGAGAAGGAUUCUCGCAAAACCAGUGUUCCAGGAUUUCGACAAACAUAACAACGGUCAUGUCACAAAAUCUCAAUUCAGGCAGUGUCUAGCUUCACUGGAUUUGCAUGCAGAUGAAGGUGAAGUGAAUGCUAUUGAGUGUAAGUUUACUGAUAGCAUUGGGUUUGAUUACAUAAGAUUCCUGGGUGAGCUAAUGCCUCAGAUACGCGAUGUUCCAAAGUAUAAGGAGCAUUUAAAGGAGUUACAAGCUGUCAAUGCUCAUAAGAAACCAAUGGAAAUUGAUGCUCUUACUGAUGUUCAAACCAUCAUGAAUAAAAUUAAAAUCAAAGUCUCAAAGGAGAGAAUGCGAGUGUAUGAGUUCAUGAAGGAUUAUGACAAGCUUAAAACUGGAAGAAUACUUAUGCCAAACUUCAAGAGGGCUCUUGAUCUUGCUGGGUUGGAGCUAAAGGAGUCUGAAGUAAAAUUACUAAGCGACACUUUCCAGUCACCAGGCGAACCAGAUUUCUGUGAUUACUUAGCAUUCAGUGAUGAAAUAGAAUCAAUCUUUACAUUGAAGCACUUGGAGAAGCAACCUCUCACUGCUCCUACGCAGUUUAAACCUCCAGUAGAAUGGCAGUUGAACACAUUAUCCGAGGAGGCGGAAAUUGUAUACAACAUGGCCAUGAGUCGAGUUGCUGAACAUGUAAGGAAGACGAGGAACCAACUCUUCCCGCUUUUUGAAGAUUACGAUCGCGUCCACAACGGCACGGUGUCCAGAUCUCAGUUCCACCGAGUCCUCAGUGAACUAGAGAUGGGAUCACUCCUCAGUGAACAAGAGUUCAGGGUGAUCUUUACAAAGUUCAAUGUGAGGAUUGGAGGUAAAAACGAUGUCAACUAUCUCCCAUUCUGCGACAGAAUUUACGAGAUCGCACGAUUUGAUCCAUUCAAACCAUGAACACUGUUGCUGUUUGAUAAUCUAAUAUACUGUUUGCUUUUUGUUACUUUAUUGUUUUUUGUACCAAAAAAUAUUUAUGUGUGUUUUUUAGAAAUUCCAUUGGUCACUGUGUAUAUAUACAUCCUUAGCCUUAUCUGCUGUAAAUAAGCCCCAUACAUAUUUUAUUUGAGUUCAUAUAUAGCCCAUACAUUUUAUCCUGAGCUUCUCGUCAUGAUCUUAUCCUGAGCUUCUCGUCAUGAUCGACUUAUUUCAUCUUAGCCUUUGUUGCUGUGUGCUACUGAUUGUUUUAUAAUACAAGUUCCAUUUAGAUA